AUAAUAUAAAAAUUGAAAAUACAUUCGUUCUUGAAGAAAAAAAUCUAAAAAAACUUUGAGCACCUUUCUUUCCAGGACUGUAUAAAUUUACCAUGAAUCAUUGAACAUUGAAUGCGAAUUUUAUGUGCUUUCAUCAAUUUUUUUAUACCAAGCGUACAAGUAGCAGCAUUCAAAAUUGUUUAUCCCUAGAAUAUUGAAUAACAAAAAUUAAAUAUAGUAAACUAGGCAAAUAAUUCUAGUUUUUCAUCAAAAUUUAAUGUCAUUACGUGCAUGACAGCUUUUUACCCUAUCAAGCACGCCUGAACAUCCCAUCUGAAUCCAAUAUGUUAAUUGUAUUUGUUAAUCAAUUAAGUACUAUGUGAUGUCACAAUGUCGUUCCGCUUUAAUAAACUGUCAGACUUUCUUUUUUGAUGUAACAUACACCAGUAAACGGCGAGCAACAAAGUAACAAAGGUGAAAAGCUAUCUGCUUUGCUUACUGUAAGCUUUCUACGAAAAGAGGAAGCAUCGAAAAUGGAUCGUAAAAGGAAUCUUGCUAGACGAAGGGACCGCUGGAAUCCAUGGGAAGAAAAUUUACUAAUCAAAAUUUGGGCUGAGAAAAUUGGUAGCUUGCGGGGUUCGAAGAAAAACUAUUAUGUAUAUCAAGAUAUCGCCAGGACUCUGCAAGGGCAUGGUUUAAGAGCAACGCCAGAAAAAGUGCGCUCCAAAUUACGCAAUCUAACUCGUCGGUACAGGAAGGAAAGAGUAUAUGUUGGUCCCUCUGGAGAAUCAACAUCAGAGUGGCCCCUUUUUACGGCAGUUCACAGCAUUUUAGGUCCUUUUACGAUAAAUAAUGAAAUUGAAUUGAUGGAAGAUAUUUUAUCAGCAGAUGACUCAUCGGCAUCAGAAGUUCAAUUAAUUGCCCCCAGUAAGGAAAUGCAAAACGCUGGAUCCCCCUCCAUCAGUGCGACAAACCAUUUGCCUACUCCCUCUUUUUCAUCUAUGGAGAAUGAUCCGGGACCAAUGACAAAAACUAAUACAAAGAAAAGACGAAAGAUCAAUGAACAGCAGGAAAUACUCAAAAGAUUCGAUAGAAUUGAUCAAGAAAUUUUGGCACAACAGCAACUUUUACUUCGCAUUGAUCAAAAGAUAUUGAAGUUGAUGGUUGAGGGCAAUGAAAUGAAAGCGGCCUUUCUAUCGUUUUUACAAAAUAGGGACCAUUGUGCUUCUUGACAGAUGUUCUAUUUUCAAUAUUCUUCCGUCGAGAUGUAGCAUUUUGAUGGACUGUUCUAAAUUUUUGCUUGAUGGUGAUUUUUCAGCUCAUACUAUAGUCUCUAUGAAACGAUCUUAUUUCUUGCUCCGUUUGGUACAUACUCUCGCAUGAACCGAAGUAUCAAAAUUAAUUUGAAACUUGAAGCAACACCAUCAUAUCAUAUUUAAAUUUUAGCAUCAAUUAAAGAGACCAACAAGAUCCCAAGACCACAUUGUGGGAAAGAUGGUUAUUCAAUUUCUAAGAAAUUGAUUGCGUGUCGUAUAUUGAAUAGACAUUUUUUGACUAUUUUGUGUUUAUUUGAAUACGUAUCAUUGUUAUCCUAUCCAAGAAAAUUGUCGUAUAAAAUAUAUUCAAUAUUCUAUUACUA